AAAAUCAAUAAAUAGCAAAAAUAUUCCCACUAUCAUAUCUUCAAACCUUUUUCAUUCUUCAAAACGAGAAUAUGUAUCGUAAGAAGCCACAACAGUUUAGAAGUUGGAACGCGACAGCUUUAAAUCUAAAAACUCCUGAAGAACCCGAUAAAAUUAAUGAUUCAUUAAUUCAAAGACCAAGAAGAGAAUCAUGGUCUCAAUCACAACGCGGUCGAAGUGUAAGAGGAAGGGGCGUCUGGACGCUUGAUAAUAGACAUCAUGAUAGACCAAAUGUUUAUCGUCGUCAUACUAUGCCAAAUUCGAAUUCUAAAGAUGAUUAUCAAGAUCGUAAUUGUAAUUAUCGUACUGAUGAUGAAUCGAAUAAAUGUAAUCAAUGGGAAGAAGAUAAUCCAAUUGCGGAAGAACCUCGAAACUCAUCAACUUCAUCUGGAAGCGAUUGUGAUUAUACUAAAGAGAAUAUCAGAGAAAAAUGUGAAUAUCAAAAUCAUAAGGAAAAUUUCUCUAGGGUUCGUAAAUAUUCUACAGACAACAUUUAUCGUCCGCCAAAGUCUAGAUCUGCUUCAUACGCCAGUAGUGACGAUGGAUCACAUACUAAAUAUGAACCAAAAAGUAUAAAUAAUAAUGAGCCGGAUCAAGUAUGGACUCAUGACAAAUAUGAAUCUCUCGAAUCUGAUCAAUCUGAUCAAAAGGAUACAAAAAACGCAAAAAACGCGACAGCGCCAGUCUCGCCGUUAAAUAUAAAUAACGAAUUAAAUAAUAAUAAUACUCAAGAAGUAUCGACAUGUGAAUUUUCACAAAAGAUUAAUAAAUCAGAAUCACCAAAAGAACAACAAAAGACAAUUAUUAAUUCAGAACACCCACAUGUGAUCACGAUAAACAUUCGUGAUUUAACUGCAAAAGGUACGAAUGAAGAAUUAAAGACUGAAGUAGUCGAUCUUGAAGUGGCAUCCGAAGUUCCCAAAGUAACUCCCAAUAUAAACCCUGAGAUAAAUCCUAAAGUAACUCCCGAAGUAACUGAAAUAAGUUCUGAAGUUGAAGCGAAUCCUAACGUGAAUCCUGAAUCGGAUUCUAAAGUUAAUCAUGAAGUAAUAUCUGAAACAAAUAUUGAAGUAACUCCAGUGGAAGUGUUACCUCUAAUCAAUUUGGAUGAAGACGAUAAUACCGGUACACAAUCGAUUGAAGCAAAAGUCUCAGAAGAUAUCUUUGCUGUGGAUUGGGAUAGUUAUCAAAAGAGUGUAAUGGAACAAGAGCUAAAACGUAAUUUGGAAAGGCAAACUAUUCAAACGCCUAACCUACGUAAACUUGAUACAGAAUUAAUGGUUUUCGAUUCCUUGUAAAGAUCUAUUGUCUAUUUGUUUAUCCCUAAUAAUAUGAAAUUAAUUAAUAAAGCAUCAUAUGAUUAACGUUUAUUGUUACUUGCAAGUUGAUCUACCAAUGUCUAUAAAUAUAAAUUUCACAUGACUGAAGUUAAAAAUUAACU